CGCCACCCCUACCCCCCGUCCCCGCACCCCCCUCCCCCCCACCUCGCUGGCCCACAUGACCGCCGCCGCGGCGCUCGUUCUGGCCGUGGCCGUGGCCGCCGCGCUCCUCGCGGGCGCGGCGGAGGCGUCCAGGCCCAAGUGGAACUUGACGAAGAAGGGGACGACCGUCACCUACGACAAGUACUCCCUCAUGAUCGACGGCAGGCGGGAGCUCUUCUUCUCCGGCGCCAUCCACUACCCGCGCAGCCCCCCGCAGAUGUGGCCCAGGCUGCUCAAGAUCGCCAAGGAAGGCGGCCUCAACACCAUCGAGACCUACGUCUUCUGGAACGCCCACGAGCCCGAGCCCGGCAAGUUCAAUUUCGAAGGCAGGAACGACAUGAUCAAGUUCCUCAAGCUGAUCCAGAGCUUCGGCAUGUACGCCAUCGUGCGCAUCGGCCCAUUCAUCCAGGGAGAAUGGAAUCACGGUGCAUUGCCCUAUUGGCUCAGGGAGAUUCCACACAUAAUAUUCCGCGCCAACAACGAGCCUUACAAGAGAGAAAUGGAGAAGUUUGUGAAAUUCAUAGUGCAAAUGUUGAAGGAUGAGAAUAUGUUCGCAUCUCAGGGAGGGCACGUUAUUCUAGCCCAGAUCGAGAAUGAGUACGGAAAUAUUAAAAAGGAUCAUAUAACUGAAGGUGACAAGUACCUUGAAUGGGCUGGUGAAAUGGCCCUUAGCACCAACAUUGGAGUCCCAUGGAUAAUGUGCAAGCAAUCUACGGCUCCUGGUGUAGUGAUUCCUACCUGCAACGGAAGGCACUGUGGGGACACAUGGGUAAUGAAAGACGAAAAUAAACCCCACCUUUGGACUGAGAACUGGACUGCACAGUUCAGAGCAUUCGGUAAUGAUUUAGCUCAGCGUUCAGCAGAGGACAUUGCAUAUUCCGUGUUACGUUUUUUUGCCAAGGGUGGGACAUUGGUAAAUUACUACAUGUAUUAUGGUGGAACAAAUUUUGGAAGGACGGGUGCUUCCUAUGUGUUGACUGGAUAUUACGAUGAAGGUCCCAUUGAUGAAUACGGUAUGCCGAAGGCGCCCAAAUAUGGGCAUCUCAGGGACCUGCACAAUGUAAUCAAGUCAUACAGCAGAGCUUUCCUUGAGGGGAAACAAUCAUUCGAGCUAUUGGGUCCGGGGUAUGAGGCACGCAACUUCGAGAUUCCUGAGGAAAAGCUAUGCUUGGCUUUCAUCUCCAACAACAAUACAGGGGAGGACGGAACUGUGAAUUUCCGAGGGGACAAGUACUACAUUCCGAGCCGCUCAGUUUCCAUCCUUGCAGACUGCAAGCAUGUGGUGUACAACACAAAGAGAGUGUUUGUUCAACAUAGUGAAAGGUCAUUCCAUAGAGCCGAGAAGGCGACCAAGAACAAUGUUUGGGAGAUGUUCUCAGAGGCGAUUCCGAGGUAUAAACAAACUAAUAUCAGGAACAAGGAACCCUUGGAGCAGUAUAACCAGACCAAAGACCAAAGUGACUAUUUGUGGUACACCACAAGCUUUCGCUUGGAGGCAGAUGAUUUGCCCAUCAGGGGUGACAUCCGGCCUGUGCUUGCAGUCAAAAGCAGUUCACAUGCAUUGGUAGCAUUUGUCAAUGAUGGCUUUGCAGGGAAUGGUCAUGGAACCAAGAAAGAGAAGGGUUUCACGUUUGACAGACCCAUUAAUCUAAGAUUAGGUGUCAACCAUCUCGCGCUACUGUCAUCAUCCAUGGGAAUGAAGGACAGUGGUGGUGAACUCGUUGAACUAAAGGGUGGCAUUCAGGAUUGCACAAUACAGGGACUCAACACGGGAACCUUAGAUUUGCAAGUCAAUGGCUGGGGCCAUAAGGCCAAAUUGGAGGGUGAGGAGAAGGAGAUUUACACGGAGAAAGGCAUGGGCGCUGUUAAGUGGGUACCGGCCGCGAGUGGACAGGCUGUCACCUGGUACAAGAGAUACUUUGACGAGCCAGACGGGGAUGAUCCUGUUGUCCUUGACAUGACUUCUAUGUGCAAGGGCAUGAUAUUCGUGAACGGCGAAGGCAUGGGUCGCUACUGGACGUCAUUCAUAACUCCUGGCAAAGUCGCUUCCCAGGCAGUGUACCAUAUUCCACGGACAUUUUUGAAAUCCAAGAACAACCUAUUGGUUGUAUUUGAGGAGGAGCUUGGCAAGCCGGAAGGCAUACUCAUCCAGACAGUGAGGAGAGAUGACAUCUGCGUGUUCAUCUCGGAGCACAACCCUGCACAGAUAAAGCCAUGGGACGAGCAUGGAGGCCAGAUCAAGCUCAUAGCCGAAGACCACAACACUCGGGGAUUCUUGAACUGCCCCCCGAAGAAGACCAUCCAGGAGGUAGUCUUUGCCAGCUUCGGCAACCCGGUGGGGUCAUGCGGCAACUUCACUGUAGGCACCUGUCACGUUCCCAAUGCGAAGGAUAUCGUCGCGAAGGAAUGCCUCGGCAAGAAGGGGUGCGUGCUGCCGGUGCUGCACACGUUUUACGGUGCGGACAUCAACUGCCCCACGACGACGGCCACACUGGCGGUGCAAGUGAGGUGCCACAAAAAGGGCGAUCCAGAAUAAAUAGAGAGAUCGACACCUUCUCUGGGCUCCUGCACUCACUGUCUCUUCAUCCCGUUUGGUUUCGAACUUGCGUCGAUGCAUUGUGUGUCGCUUGUUGUGAUUAUAGCUUCAUUGAGACGUGCGUGCUUGAUCUGGAUCGUAGGGAAUCGAUACGUAAAUGUGAAUGAAACUGCUGGGCGUCGAUCGGCUCGAAGAUGUAUUUUCCUUUCCUCACCUCUUUCUUCUUUUGUUGCUGUUCUGUGCUGUUUCAUGUUAACCAUCACAGUAGGUGCUGAAUAACCACGAGGGAUAGUUUAGCGAACUCCAAAUUUGGUGCAAAAGAACAGUUGUGCUGACCGAGUGGAUAGAAUAAUUCAAUGACGAUGUCCUGUAAAUGUUUUAUCAUGUUUGUGGGGCAUCCUCAAGCCUUCUGCUGCUUGAUUUGUACGUACAUCUCAUCUUGACAAGAGUGACAAGUUUAUAUUGCCAAAUUUCUGAUGCAGCUGUAUGUAAGUGUUGUAUUUGUUAAACAAUUUGUAAUGCAUAUCUCUUGUUCCAUUA